AAAAAAAAAAAAAAGAAAGAAAGAAAAGAAAGAGAGGAAAGAAGUGUAGGGGACGCUGAAGAAUUACAGGGAAUCAGAUGUUCCCUCCUGUGUUUUCACUGAGGAAGUAGUUUCUUAGCCUAUGCUGCUUUGGCUUCUCUUGUGACCCCUGUCCCAGCCCUUGGCUGCAUCUACUCCACAUCCCCAGGACUCAAUCCUUCCAUCUGCCUUCUGUUUAUGCACUCACAGCUGCUUUCCCCCCUCAUCCUUUGUUCUUGUUCUUUAAAAUCCAAGGGGGAGUUGCUCUUCUGAAAGCAUUUGAAUUCAGCUCAUGAAAAAUUCUAUAACAAGUGUACUAGACUGUUUGAUCUCUGGCUUCUUUCACACAUUUGCCCUUUAUACCCUGAGAGCCAUGAGCUUCAUUUCCUUGGAGCAGAUUGCAAUUUCAAUGGAAAGGAAAUAACUGUGUAGCCUUCAAGCCGAGUUCAGUUCUAAUAAGAAUCAAGCAAAGCUCAAUUCAGGGCCACUGUGGAAACUCAGGCACUGAAUCAGGCUGUAGAAAUCUCUGUGCCAACACAGCUUAAAGGUUAUGAUAUUGGAAAAUCCUUGACCUGGGUUCAAAUUCUAUCUGCACCAUUUACUAUCUGUGUGAUCUGAGUAAGAUGCUUAAAUUCUGUAGAUUCAUUUUCACCUUACAUAAAUGGGAACACUUGUAUGUUCAAAAGUUUGUUCAGUCAUUCAAGAAAUAUGUUAGUGCAUUCUGAGUAUCAAACUCUCCUGGCUUAUGAUCCAGUGAUUCAAUAGGUAUGAGUCAAAUAAUCACAAAUAAAUAUAGAAUUAUAAAUAAGUAAAUCCAUAAGCUUUAGAUCCAUAAAUCAGGACCUCCUGGGCAAACUGGGAUAUCUGGAUCUGCCCCCGCCUACCACACACUUCCCAUGACAAAGAAGGUUGGGAAAGACUUCCCUGGGGAAGGGUAGACGGAACUGAGAUCUACGGAAAGAGUGAGGAUUACUAGGCAAAAGGGGUAAGACAGGAAUAGUUAGGCCAGGAGAGCAAGUAGCAUAUGCAAAACUCUAAAGCAAGAGAUAGCAUGGGGACUGCAAUAGAUUGAAGACCAGUAUGGUAGAAGACCAGAGGGUGUGUGGCAAAUGUAGGGGCCAGAACACUUGCCUGUUUCAUAGGUGUUAGGAAUGUAGGCUUGAUCCUGGCUGGUUUUAAGUAGGAAAAUUGCAAGACCAGAUUUGCAUUUUAAAAAAAAAAUCAGUUUGGCUAACAAGCAGAAUUGAGUUAAGUGGUGAUUCUCAGUCUUGACCUUCAAAGUGAAACUUUUAAACAGUGUCAGAGCCUGGGCCCCAUCCUCAGAGAUUUGGAUUUUGUUGGUUUAGAGUAUAUUCCUGUAGAUUAUAAUGGAUGCCAGGGCUGAGGUUCACCCAGGAUGGAGGCUUUAUGGAUGUGGGAAAGAACAAUUGCGAAGCUUUUAUAGUAGUCCUGAUAAGAAAUGAUGGAACAGAUUUUGAGACAGAGCAGGGACCCUGUGGUUAUACAGCAGUGAUUCUCAAUCUAUACUGGACUUCCAGUCCCUGGAAGAUUUGUUAAAAUGCAGAUUUUUCUGGGCCUUUUAAUUCCAUAGGUCUGGGUUGGGACCUGAGAACAUGCAUUUCUGACCAGUUCUCUGGAGAUGCUAAUCAUGCUAGUUUGGUGAUCACUGAUCUAGAGAAAAGCUGUCAGAUUUGGUAGAUAAAAUGAACAGAAUUUGAUGGUAGAUGGUCUGUGCAGCUAAGGAUGAGGGGGACUGUAAGGACUCUUCAGUUUUCUGAAUUUUGCAACUGAAUGUGUGGGUUGUGCCAUUUAUUGAUAUCCAGGGAACAGCCACCCAGAAGGGACAUGAAUGCAUGUAUUUAAGGGUGUCUUUGAAACAACUAAGUGAAUAUAUCAAGUAGGGACUUGGGAGAACUUGAGGGAAGGUGAUUAGAGCUAUAAAUUUUAAAAUUAUUGUAUAGAUAAUCACUGAAAGGACUUAUCAGUGGGACCACUCAGCUUUGCAACAUUUUUUUUUAACUCUUAUCCUUAAUUUCAAAGCUCUGACUUCUCUUUUUGUUAGCCUUUCCAAAGUGUCAUAACCCUUCCAGCCUCAGUGCCUCCUUAAGUUCCAUUCCUUCUGUUUGGAAGAAUGCUUCCUCCCAGGCCUUCACAUUUAGCUUCUUUUGCCCCUUUAGAUCCCACCCCUCAGGCUUGGUCAUUAGCAACCAGGAACCUUUGUUCUCUGAUUUAUAGCACAAAUCAGAGUUGGUGGUUAUGUGUUUAUUUGUGUGAUUAUUUUCUAAAAGGUCAUCUCUCCUGCUAGAUUCCAAGAAAACACCACUGCAUCCUGAGGGUUUCUCUCAAUCUUAUCACACUUCAGGAAAUCCUCUGAGACAGUUGUUAAAUGUCCAGCAGGUCUUUUACAGAGAUGGUAGUUGUUAAAACAGAUAAUUUCUCAGGAACAGGGAGAAGCAGUUCUUUGUGAAGCAGUUGCUAGUGUUUUUUCAGUAAUGAGAUUAAGUUUUGUAGGACUCCUCCGGCUGGGUGAAUCAGCAACAGCGGCAUCUGGUGGAAGUUAAGUGAUGCAACAACUAUGACCUGUCUGGGCUUAAGGUUGUUUUAAACAAAUGCUGCUUUGGGAGAAAAGACUCUCUCUCUCUUUUUUUUUUUUCCAACCCUUAAAAAUAUGAGUAAUAUUUGUUAAAGGGAAGAUGAACUAUCUUUUUGAGAGAGCUAGCUGGAAUAAUUGGAUAUUGAAAAGUGUUUGGUUUUCAAAGAGGAGAGGCACUGUAAUUUAGAAGGGUUUAUUCAAAGAACACUUAUGGUAGGAAAUAAGGAAGUUAGAGAUCUCCACCCAGAACCAGCAUCACAGAAAAACAGGAACAGGCGUAUAGUUGGGUUUCUCAGAUCUAUUUGCAUUUUGGAACUGACAGGUCAGCGAGGAUAUUGUUCAUCUCUAGCCUGUUGUCUUGUAGCUUCCUUGGUGGCAGAUGCAGGCCUCCAUUACUUUCUCUGCUCUGUUACACUGCUAUGGGCCUUCUUCCUGCAGAAGCAUGGUGUUACUAAAAUGAUGAUAUCAGAGACUGCCCAAUAUGGUGGGGUGAAGAUCCCUUGGAGAAAAUUCUUUCAAUUGGAAGUAUCUGCAAAAGAUAUAAAAAGAUGCUGGUCAGAGAAAUAGGGAAAAAAGCUUUAAAGAAUAUGUGGUGCUAUCGAAGCCAGAGGAAGAAGUAAAUCAAGAGAACUUUCAGCUCUCAUGUGAGAAGUCUGGCUAUCCUGGGUCCACCAAUGGAGUGACCACAUGGCCCAGAGUCAAGUCUCCAGGUACUGAAGUUUUCCAUCCUGGAUAACAGACAAUUGAAGGAAGAAGACUCUGAGAUUAUUUCAGCUCCAGCCAGGCAUGAAGGACCUGCAUGCAAUGAGAACUAUCAAGCUAAACCCAGCUGACCUCUAGACUUACUGUGAAAUGGCACCAGGGAGCAAUUUCAGCAACAGGCAGAAGUGUGUGGAUGUGCUGGACCAGACCCGAAAUAUUUGUCCCUUCAAUCUGUCAUCUCUCUUCAAGUUAGUCUGCAGCCCAGCCCAGACGUUCUGACAGGAUACCUCCAGGAUGCCGCCCAAGAAAGUGCAAAUCCAAGUAGAAGAAAAAGAAGAUGACACUGAGGAAAGUUCAAGUGGAGAAGAGGAGGAAAACAAACUACCUCGAAGAGAGAGUUUGAGACCAAAGAGGAAACGAACCAGAGAUGUUAUAAAUGAGGAUGACCCAGAACCUGAACCAGAGGAUGAAGAAACAAGGAAGGCCAGAGAAAAAGAGAGAAGAAGGAGGUUAAGGAGAGGAGCGGAAGAAGAAGAAGAAAUCGAUGAAGAGGAAUUGGAAAGAUUGAAGGCAGAGUUAGAUGAAAAAAGACAAAUGAUUGCUACUGUCAAAUGCAAGCCUUGGAAAAUGGAGAAGAAAAUUGAAGUUCUCAAGGAAGCAAAAAAAUUUGUGAGUGAAAAUGAAGGGGCUCUUGGGAAAGGAAAAGGAAAACAAUGGUUUGCAUUUAAGAUGAUGAUGGCCAAGAAAUGGGCAAAAUUUCUCCGUGAUUUUGAGAACUUUAAAGCUGCUUGUAUCCCAUGGGAAAAUAAAAUCAAGGCAAUUGAAAGUCAGUUUGGCUCAUCAGUGGCUUCAUACUUCCUCUUUUUGAGGUGGAUGUAUGGAGUAAAUAUGGUUCUCUUUAUCCUGACAUUCAGCCUUAUCAUGUUACCAGAGUACCUCUGGGGUUUGCCAUAUGGCAGUUUACCUAGGAAAACAGUUCCCAGAGCUGAAGAGGCAUCAGCAGCCAACUUUGGUGUGUUGUAUGACUUCAAUGGCUUGGCUCAAUAUUCUGUCCUCUUUUAUGGCUACUAUGACAAUAAACGAACAAUUGGAUGGAUGAAUUUCAGACUGCCACUCUCCUAUUUUCUAGUGGGGAUCAUGUGCAUUGGAUACAGCUUUCUGGUUGUCCUUAAAGCGAUGACCAAAAAUAUUGGUGAUGAUGGAGGUGGUGAUGACAACACUUUUAACUUCAGUUGGAAGGUGUUCACCAGCUGGGACUACUUAAUUGGCAAUCCUGAAACAGCGGACAACAAAUUCAAUUCUAUUACAAUGAACUUUAAGGAAGCUAUAAUAGAAGAAAGAGCAGCCCAAGUAGAAGAAAACGUUCACUUGAUCAGAUUCCUGAGGUUUCUUGCUAACUUCUUCGUCUUUCUAACACUUGGCGGGAGUGGAUACCUCAUCUUUUGGGCUGUGAAGCGAUCCCAGGAGUUUGCACAGCAAGAUCCUGACACCCUUGGGUGGUGGGAAAAAAACGAAAUGAACAUGGUCAUGUCCCUCCUGGGGAUGUUCUGUCCAACACUGUUUGAUUUAUUUGCUGAAUUGGAAGACUAUCAUCCCCUCAUCGCUCUGAAAUGGCUACUGGGACGCAUUUUUGCUCUUCUUUUAGGCAACUUGUAUGUAUUUAUUCUUGCAUUGAUGGAUGAGAUUAACAACAAGAUUGAAGAAGAGAAGCUAGUAAAGGCCAAUAUUACCUUAUGGGAAGCCAACAUGAUCAAGGCCUACAAUGCAUCGCUCACUGGAAAUAGCACUGGGCCACCCUUUUUUGUACAUCCGGCAGAUGUACCUCGAGGACCCUGCUGGGAAACGAUGGUGGGGCAGGAAUUUGUGCGGUUGACUGUUUCUGAUGUUCUGACCACAUACGUCACAAUUCUCAUUGGGGACUUUCUCCGAGCAUGUUUUGUGAGGUUCUGCAAUUACUGCUGGUGCUGGGAUUUGGAAUAUGGAUAUCCUUCAUACACCGAAUUUGACAUCAGUGGCAAUGUCCUUGCACUGAUCUUCAAUCAAGGCAUGAUCUGGAUGGGCUCCUUCUUCGCCCCCAGCCUGCCAGGAAUCAAUAUCCUUCGGCUCCACACAUCCAUGUACUUCCAGUGCUGGGCUGUGAUGUGUUGCAAUGUUCCUGAGGCCAGGGUCUUCAAGGCUUCCAGAUCCAAUAACUUCUACCUGGGAAUGCUCUUGCUCAUCCUCUUCCUGUCCACCAUGCCCGUGCUGUACAUGAUCGUAUCCCUCCCGCCAUCUUUUGAUUGUGGCCCCUUCAGUGGCAAAAAUAGGAUGUUUGAAGUCAUUGGAGAAACACUGGAGCAUGAUUUCCCAAGCUGGAUGGCAAAGAUCUUGAGACAGCUUUCUAAUCCUGGACUAGUUAUUGCUGUUGUUUUGGUCAUGGCUUUGACCAUAUAUUAUCUCAAUGCUACUGCAAAGGGCCAGAAGGCAGCAAAUUUGGAUCUAAAAAAGAAGAUGAAACAGCAAGCUUUGGAGAACAAAUUGCGAAACAAGAAAAUGGCAGCUGCACGAGCAGCUGCAGCUGCUGGCAGCCAGUAACAGUCACAGAUAUCCUGGAGGCCCAGAAGUACUCCUCAUCGUGCUGUUUGAAACCAGUAAUUUAUGUGAAGGCCCUGAAAACAAACAUGUGGAGUUGCUAUUUCUCUGUUCUAAACCUGAUGGAUUAUCAAGGUUAUUCGGUGGUCAAUCAAGACAUCACCUGUCCUAGUUAUGAAGGAAGGUCCUUUACCUUAUUCUGAAUUAAGCAUUUGUUCCCGCACUACCACUUUCUCCCCUGAGCCAGUCCCCUGACAUUUUCUUCAACAAAUUAUGUGUGUGUGAUGCAGCAGUACAGGUAACUGGCUUACUUAUAACCUUUUACUUAUAUGGACUUUCAUUUUAUACAUUUAUUCUGCCUUAGUUUUCUUAGCCAGGGAACAGGAAUAUUUCACCCUCUUUUUUUCUUCUAAGUUCAGAAAUAUCUUCAUAAAGUAUUUUUAUAAUCAUUCAUCUACUCAUUUUUUUUGAAAUUAACAUCAUUUUCCUUUUUCAUUCUUUUUCCCCAUCCAUGGUCCCCACAAACAUGUACUCAAACUCUUUAUUUGCUGCUGGACUCUGUAUGAAACGUUAAGGGCUUUUUAGAAGAAAAAUCAUAUGUAAAUUAGGGGCUUGAUCUGCACUGGGUUGCAGGUCUCUCACCUUAAGGAGAUACAUGGGUUUUAGACAACUCUUUAUAAGCUAAAAAAAAAAAAAAAGACUUCAUAAGUGAUUAUUAUUCCAUCACAGUCUCAUCAUGACCUCAUUGUAUCUCCUGAGCUUAUAUUCUGAUAUUCUAUACUUAUUCUUUGCUUUUUUGUUAAGGUUAUGAAAACAUAUUUUAUGGGGGUAGGGGCUUUAGUUUAUAGAUAUAUUUGAGCAUUAUUAUUUAAAGUUUAAAUUUACUUUGAAUAGUAACAGUCAAUGCUCUCAGCCAGCUUUGUUUUGUGAGUUCAAUAUGUCUUAACUCAGUGUCUCCCCAACCACCUAACCCAAUUUGCCUGCUAUUCCCUACAAUUGGCAUGCUGAUUUUUAUUGUCCUGUUUUUUUAGUUUCUCAUCUUUUCAGUCUUCUCCUGGCCAUAGAAAGAGCACUGUGUUCUUUUGCCAAUUCAUGUUCUUAUAACUUCAGUCAAACCAAAUUCAAGAUGACCUCCUCUGGUCACAUUUUCCUUAUUAGCCUUCAUUCCUAAUCACAACACUUCUUGAUAGCCUUCCUUUGAACUCUUGUGUCUUUAACUUAGAGUCUAUAUUUUAUUGAUUUUCCUAUAAUUUGUAAAUUAUAAAGAUGGUUUAUUAUAUGCAUGAAUCAUCUUUCCUGUCCUGAUUAUAAGCUCCCUAUAAGAAGGGAUCAUAUCUUCUAACCCUUUUGUAUGCCUAGAAUAGUGCUGUGCACAGGUAGGCACUGAAUAAAUGCUUGUUAAUUAAAUUGAAUCAAUUUAACUUACAGCAGUAAAAUUGUGAAACAAAACCUUUUGUUAUCUGCAUGAAAAUAUUAUAUGAUAUAAGAAAUGGAAUUAUCUGUUGAUAUGCUGAGUUUAUUAUCUCAUUAGAUUACAAUGCAGAUGAGCAAAUAAAGCUAGUGCUUAUUCCCUACUUGGAUCAUUUCUGUACUAUGAUUAGAGAAUUGGUUUAUAUGUGGCACCAAGUUUACAGUGUGGAUGACAUUCCCUUGCUCUUGAUCUACUUCACAAGAAAGAUGAUGAGAGAUGACAAACUAU